CAUGCGUCCUGCUCCUCAAUUUUUUGAGUUGUGGACGAUGCUUUUUACUCAUGAGGCUCAUACUUUGCCUUCUCCUGAUCUAGUAUCACCUGCUACAGCGUUGGUUGCUACAGUAGCUGAUCCUCUUUCCUCAGCUUCCUCGGGAUAUCGUGGACGUGGACGUGGUCGUGGUCGCGUUCACGGUCGUGGAGGUGGUCGUGGUCGUGGCCGAGGUCGUGCUCAAGAUUAUGGUCAUGGCAAUAAUUCACAGUUUCAUUAUAGCCCAUCACCUUCCCCAGUUUCUUGUGGAGGUCCUUUCAAGCAUUCUACCUCUAGUCGUGGUGUCUUGGCUCCCUCACCCUAUCACUUGCCUGCAUUUGUGUCUCCUACUCCCACUUCUACUACUGUGAUUUGUCAGAUUUGUGAUCUUUCUGGUCAUACGGCACUUGCUUGUCCUUAGUGCCAUAACCAUGCUUAUACUGCUCCUAGUCUUCAGGCGAAUAUGGCAGCACUCUCAUUGCAGUCCCCUCCAGAUGAGAAUUGGUACUUGGAUUCUGGUGCAACCACACACAUGACUAAUGAUUUGGGACUUGGCGACGAGGAAAUUUCUGCAUCACUCCCGCACUGAUGGGCCUCUCUAUCCUUUUCAGUCUUCCUCUGCAUGUCAUCGUUUGCUUAGCCAUCAACCUUUGCUGCUCUACAUGACUCUAGUUCUAUUUGGCAUGCGCGUUUGGGGCAUCCAAGUCAUGUAGAUUUACUUAGAUCUAGAAAGUUAAUUUCAUUGUCUAGGCCUUUUUCAAAUUCUUCUUUUUUUUGUAAUUCUUGUUUAAGCU